CCAAUGGCCCACCGCGCCCACCGUAUCCCCUGGCGCAGCCUAACCUCGCACCUCAUCCACCGUGCCCCAACCCACACCAGCCCGGACACCACCAUCGCUAACCUCUACUUCCGCUUCCUCCCCACCCAAGCUAAGGAUCUAGGCCACUUCGUCACCUCCUUCGCCCGCGCCCUCAACGAGGACACAACCGCCGCGCGGCAACAGUACGCCCCGAAAUACCUCCCGCCGGCGCGCGACGAACUCCUCCUAGAUGACCGCCUAGCCGCGCGCAUCCACCCCCUCACCUUUCGCUGGCACCACCCCAAGAGAAACAUUCAAAAGACGCAGCAGCUAUGCCAGCACAUCGACAGCACCACCGACUUUGCCUGCGGCUGUCCGCUCCCAUACACCGAGCGCCGGGCCGCCGCCUUCCUCCGGCCGUACCAAUGGAACGACUGUUUCCGGUUCGAAGAGGUCAACGGCGAGGGGUUCUUCAAUCUGCAGGUCGUCAGCACCCUGCUCGUGCUCGGAGAGAUGGAUAUCCUUUUCCGGCUGUGCGCGCAUCCCGACAUCGGGCUGAAGGAGUGGAUGCGCGUGCAGGAUUGUUCCUGCAUUGAACUAUGUGAGAUGGACCACGGGUGGGGCCCGAUCUUCGACGCCGCGCUGGAGAUGUACCUGACGUUAAAUACUCUCUACUGCUUCCCGGAGUUACACUCUUCUUCCUCUUCUUCUUCGGCCUCGGAGCAUGCAGCCGGGACCAGGGCCUAUGCGCACGACUACCGCACCACAAAAAUGUACCAGCGCCCGGUCGACGAAUGGACGCGCCUCUGGCAAGCGACGGAGAUGUCGCGGUACCCGCACCGCCAGUUUCUGGGCCUGGAGCCGCAGUUCGGCUUCGCGAGCCAGGUGCGGAUCCUGGAGCAGGGAGAUCCGUGGUACGAGGAGUCCUGCGCACGAGACGAGGAGGGACGGCGCGACCGCCUCAAGCGGCUGUGGCAGCAGCACGAGGACGUCUCCGUGGACGCGUUCCUGGCCAUUCUCGCCGAGGCCAAGGAGAAGGAUUGCUUCACGUACGGCGAGCUGCCCUUCCCGUUGUUCCUCGCGUCUGACAAAGCGGGCUUCCGUCCGAGUCAACAGGACACCGCGCGCGUCGAGGCCUAUCUCCGCGAGCGCGGCGUGCCCGACGACUGGGCGGCGGAGAUGACGACCUUGAGCGACGAGGGCAACAAGGAGCCCCGAUCGCGGCUAUGCGUGCCGCAUGAUCCGCUCCAUGAGCGGAAUCGCAGGCAGCUGCGGCGGUAUCUGCACCGCUGCUGGCAGAUUAUGGUGCGCUGUAAUAUGCUGGCGAGGGAGUUGGGCGCGGAGAUCGAUUGGGCGUGGGAGGUGGUUAGGGCCCUGGAGAAGCUGGUCUCGUGUCCGCCGGGGAUGAAGCUUUACAACCAUCGAUACGAUCCGGAGAGGUUGGAUGUGUAUACCCUGCAGGGAGGGAGUGAGGAGCCUUCUUACGCGAUCCGUGUUCGGCGCGAGUGGUGAGGUUGUCUGGCUCGCAUGUGUAUAGUAUUAUUCUUCUGUGUAUAGUAUCGUGGCUUCG